AUGUCUAUCUUCAGGAAGAGGCCUCAGAACGACCCGUUCGAGCAUUUGCUGAGCGGGAACCAAGGACAGACGGAGGCCAACGCGGCUGCGGCCGCGGCCGCGGCCGACAGCGGGUUUCUGACCCGGGUGGUGACGCAGGAGCAGGAAGAGUACAAGUCGCCGUUCCGCUCGACGCAAAACGUCGCAGAGGCUCAACGCAGACGUGCCAAGAAAUUCCCCACGGUGAGCGCGAGCACGGGGCCGGGAUCUGCGGCGGAGCUCGGAUAUAAGGUUGUGGACGCGGCGCGUAAGCGCGCCAAAGAUAUUGCGGUUCCGCGGUACCUGCAGGGCACAGACGAGCGGCAGCGGCGGCAGCUGGACAAGUUGGAGGCGAAGGAGGAUCGGUUGCGGUACCUGCGGGAGUCGCAGCGGAUCGUGGACGUGCGCAAGGGCGCGGCUGCGGAGGCGGAGGCGGCGGCGCAGGGAGAGGUGUUUGGUGGGGAGGUUGCUGAGGAGGUUGGUGACACCGGGGUUGCUGAGGAGGCUGCCGGGACCGGGGUUGCUGAGACUGAGGUUGGUGAGACCGGGGCCGCUGAGACCGAGGCUGGCGAGGCCGAGGCUCUUGGACCCGAGGCUCCUGAGGUUGAGGCUCCUGAGGUUGAGGCUCCUGGAGCCGAAGCUCUCGGGGCCGCCGAGGUCGAGGACGCCGAAGUCCACGAGCCCGAAGUCCCCGCGCCCGCAGCCGAGGCCCCCGAGUCAAAAGCGGCCGAGUCCGAGGCUCCCGCGUCCGACGCCCCCGCGUCCGAGGUCCCCGCCCUGCUCCCCGCUGACUCGCCCCCCGCCGACGUCACCGCAGCCGCCGAGCUCGCAGCCGCCGAGCGCGACGCGGCUGAACCGGCGGCUCCGGCCACCCCGACACCCGCCGAGCCUCUCCAGCCCGAGCCCCUCGAGCCCGAGCCCACCCGCGUCCCCCCCGCCGACGACGACCGCGGCGCCCUCGCCGCCACCGCCGCCGUCCCCGCCACAGAGCCCUCCGCCCCCGCGCGCCCCGUCGACGUCUCCAAGGCGCCCCGCGUCCCCUUCAAGUCGUCCGGGCUCUUCGCGCUCUGGACCCGCGCUGACGCAAAGGGCCAGCCCGUCGCCACCCCAGACGACCCGGAGUUCAUCGUCCGCACCGACAAGGGCUACAUGUCCAAGGCGCUCUACGACACCCUCCAGUACGAAACCCAGGAGCACGACCGCGAAAUGGCCACCUACACCAAGGAGCAAUCCGACCGCUACGACGCCACCGCCCGCGAGUACCAAGACAAGCUCACCGCGCUGCAAAGCCAAGUCGCAGAGCUCGAAGCCACCAUGGAGCAACUCCAGCGCGACACCGCCGAGAAAAUCAAGGUCAGCGACACAAAGCUCUCCCGCCGCAUGAUCGAGCGUAACGCCGAGCACAGCGCCGCGAAGAACGUGGUCUUCAAGCAGACCGAAAACAUCAAGGCCGAAAAAUUACAACAGAAGCAACACGUAGAGGAGCAGCAGGACGGCGUCAAGGCCGAGAUCGAACAGUUGCAACAGCUCAAGGCCGAGGUCGACGCCGAGUUCCAACAGCACCAGCACCAGGUCGACGAGCUCACCGCGCAACUCGACGAAAAACUAGCCGCGCUCGACGCGCUCGCCGCCCGCCAGGCCGAAACCCAGGCCGAGCUCGACGCGCUCCACCAGCAGCGCGAGCAACUCGAGGCCGACGCGCGCGCCGCAGACGAGCUCCACGCCGCCAACCAGGCCACGCUCGAGAGCAUCCACAACAAGGAGUACCUCACGCAGAUCAACGGCAUCGACACGCAGAUCUCGCAGGCGCUCUCGUCGCUCACGCUCAUCAAGCAAGAGACCGCCAACCACCGCACCGAGUUCGCAGCCAUCACCAAGCGUCUCGAGGAGGAGCGCAUCGCGCACGAGGCAAAGCUCAAGCGCGAGGAGGAAGAACGCAAGCGUCUCGAGGAAGAGCGUCUGCAGCGCCAGCGCGAGGAGCUCGAGGCCAAGGCCGACGAGCAACGCAAGCUCCACGAGGAACAGCUCCGCGCCGUCCAGGAAGAGCACGACCGCCAGCUCGAAGAGGCCGCGCAAAAGGCCGCAGACACCGAGGCCGCGCUGGCCCGCGAAAAGGAAGAGCGCGAACGCGUCGAGCGCGACCGCACCCGGCUCCAGGGCGAGCAGGCCAUCCAAGAGCAGCAGCGGGCCAAGGAGGCCGACGACGCCCUCAAGGCUGAGCUCAUGGCCAAGCGCCAGAAGCAGGCAGAGGCCAUGGACGCCGCGGACGCCGCCCGCAGCGCCAACGCCAGCGCCAGCAAGCAGCGCGCCUCCAAGUCCGUGCUCGCAUCCUUGAACAACGCGCCGGGCACCAACGAAAGCUCCUUGUACGAGUACGAAACCGAAGAAGAAGUGGUUACCGUUGACAAUUGA